AUGGCGCAGAAAGGGCAUUGCAAAGCUGCAGAUGAGGCACACCAGCAAAUGGCUUCUGCUGUUAGGCAUAUGGGAACCGAUAAGGCUGCGUCGUUGGUUCGUGCAGCCCCGAAGAGGUACAAAUGCUUCAAGAAUAGUGGCAAACUGGUUCCUAUCAAACAGCCGCUGAAGACGCUGCAACAGAAAGAGCAACAGGCAACGCUCAACGAAAUCAUGGAAAUUCACUUUGCAAGGCCGGUGGAAGACAAGGCAGCAGCGAAAGAACACGCUUACACAGCAGAGGAGGAGAUACAAUUUGAUAUCGACAAAGAGUUGGGUUAUAAGGAAAAAAAAACGAGUCGCAGUCCAGAUGACUGA